AUGGAGGCGGCCGAGACGCAGCUGGCGCGUGCGCUGGCGGUGCUCACGGAGCGCGAGUUUCCAUGUACUCGAGGUCUUGAAACGCGUCUUGACACUUACUUGCAGCUGGAAGAUUUGCAGCGCCUUGAGGACUCAGAGGCUUCCGUCACACAGCUGCGAAAGCACCUGCCACUGCUGCUGAGCGAGGUGCGCUUUGACUUGCAGCAGAAUUUACAACGUGACGUACUGCUAGCGGCGCUACGGUGCCUUUCGUACUUUAUGCACCACCGGAGUCUGAUUUCGGUCUUCUCCGACGAGUACCUAGCGUGGGUCUUGGAAGAACUGUUGGCGCGACUGUUUACAACGGAAGAUCGGUACAUGUACAAGUUGUGUCUCUUUAGCCUGACGAUGCAAAAUAUCGCACCUGAGAGGCACAAGUUCUUGCCUCGUACUGUUGAAGCGCUGGUGCAAGCGGUGGUGAACCCGUUUAAGUCACGUGCAAUCGAAGUGCAGGCACUGAAAGGACUUCGCUUGCUUCUGGUGAAGUACCCUGAUCAGCUAGGCACUGAUGGGACGAUCUUGAACAUCUAUGUACGGCCGAUCGCCAGUCGACUAUCGAGUCGCGAGACGUCGACGAGAACACAAGCGCGAAUGGUGCUAGAAGAAGCAAGCAAGCAUGUGGCGAAAUGGUCGGGAGAAGCGCUGGAAAUGGUGCAGGAUUGUAUGGAAGAGUAUGCGCUGCCUGUGAUGAAGUCGCACGUGGGUGGUGGCCGUUUGAAAGAUGCAGUCUAUCUGUGGAAGCUGAUUUUGACACUGCUGAGGUCCAAAUUUUCCAGUGAUAUGGCAAAGCUGAAUCAGGUCUUGUACGUCCCAGAAAGAUGUAUGGAAGAUGAAAAUGCAGCUGCCCGGAUGGUGGCUAUGCAGGCGUGGACUCUAGUGGUGGACGUAGUUCGAAAUUGCCAGAACUGGCUGUUUAACAAGGCUGUUGUGGGCUUACUGGCGUGGCCAGUCAAGUUGUGCAUCAAGCAGGAACGGUUAUUGAACAUUUUGGAUACUGCGUUUUCGUCAUGGAGGACGAUAGCGAGCAUCGCAGUCCAAGACUUCAAUGUCUAUUGCAAAGCAACAGGGCAGUCUAUGGGGCCAGGAGAACGUUACCGUCAUGUGCCUGAAUGGAAAUCGUGGUACGGGGAACUGGUCAUCAGUCCGUUGCUUACGCUGAUGAUGAAGCGAUCACGAAGCAAGCACAGUGCAUCAACUGCAAUUGAGCUCAAGCCGUUUAUCGAAUUCGUUAAAGACAUGUGGGAGCCCAAAGCGCUGGGAUCUUGCAAUCGGGAGUCUGAGGCGCUGGGAUCCGGUGAAACUAGGGGUGGUGUUCUUUCGUACGAAAGCGAUCGUAGUACCGUUAUAGAAGGGGCUGCUGUGGCAGCCACUGUGGGUGCGAAGCAUUUGGAAGCGAGCCUUGUUGCGAAGCAAAGCAACGGUCGUGUUUGCAUCUCAUCGGAGCUGCGUGGUGUCGCUCUUCUGCUUCACGACAUCUUCGGGGUGAUCCUAAGCUUGAUUGCGAUAACCAAUGAAAGUCAUGACGAGCAUGUUGCAAGCUAUGCGCAUGACUUGGCGAUAAGCACAUGGAAAGGGGUUUGCCGUCGUAUUUUCUCGGAUGGUCCACGCAAAGGAGCUAAUAUAGCGUCAAACUUAGCCUUGCGGCUUGCGCGGCGAUCAAUCGAGUUUUCAUUCGGUAUAUAUACAGGGUCGGCUAUGGCAGCAACAUCACCGUCAUCUGCUGCUCCAGUCAAACAUACAGGCGAUAGCAUUGAUGGUCACAAUGGUGGGGUGGGUGUUGUUUCAUCGGCGGCGUUUGGGUUGAAGUGGCAACUGCAACUGCUCGCCACGCUUUUGUCUAAUGUUACAGUUCCGGAAGACUUGCGAGCAGUGGUGCUUCACCCGAAGUGCACAUUAUUUGACUGUAUCACUCAGCGCAUGCACUGCCAUGAACAGAGGUUUAUUCAGUGUGCAACUGUGUUGGAAAAAUGGAGUGGAUCUAAAUCUAGCGAGCCCCGAAUCGACUUUUCCGCCAAGUCAAACGCGCUCCCGUACCUUGUGAUAAAUUUGCUUUUUGAAUACGCUAAACUCGCUGAUAGUACGGACAGCAACCAUGAAGUUGAAAGAGAAUCUACGUGGAAGUUACUGGAUAUGGUCCUGCGGAGACUUAUGGAAUGUAUGAAGCCGAACGCCUCGAUGGAGGCUCGUGGGCUAGAUGCUUUGGCACAUUUUGUGGAGGCUUCUAUUCUGGUAGCUUACAAGCGUUUUGGUCAUGGUAGCGGUGUCAAAGUAAAUACGAGUAUGUUGGACGAGUUUGUAAAUGUAAGCAAGAAUUUGAGGGAAGAAGCCAGCGAAAACAGCCAUCAGAGUGCGUCGCUAGCGCUCGGCUUGCACGGUCCUCGGGAUACUUUUAGCGUUGUCAAGACAGCCAGCACGGCUGGCAUUCCUAGCGACGGGUCCGAUGCAGAAGAAAAGUGUGCUAACAAUGCUUCACACGAGGCGGAGUGUUUGCUGAGGUCACGCGAUACCGAUACCUGCUCGCUGUGCCUGCUCAGCGGAGAGGUCUAUAAAAUGCCGAGUGCGAGCCUUCGCAAUCGUACUGCAGCAUCUUCAGUCGAUGAGCUAAUGCAGGCCCAACGAAAAAGUCGGCGAAGCUCAUGUCACGGACCGAUUGAAAGUGUUGGUUCUGAAAGUGCCGAUAUCCAGCUAAGUCACGAUGGGGCUUCCGGUGCAAGGUGUCCGCCGACGCGGCCCGUCAGGGAUCGAUGCACCUCAUCAGAGCUAUCAAGUAAGCGAAUUGAUUGCUUGGAUCUUCUUGAUAGGUCGCAGUGCGUUUACCCCGGCCUUAUUGGAUGCGUAGAAGGGAUCGCGUUAUUGUAUAGGUAUCUUCCGGAAGCAUUCAGGCCCUUGUUUUCGUGCUACAAGGUUGAGACGAUAGGUGAUUUGAGCGCCCUAUCUUUGGAAAAGGUGGAAAGUUUUGGAUUUCAUCAGUCUGUGAGCACUAUUCGGCGGGCCCUUGAGGACUUUGAUGCAUGUCAAGAACGCACGACACCAAUGCCAAGCAAUUCAUUCCAAAAGCAGAAUGAUUUGACUGCCGAAAGCCAGGCAAUUCUUUUGCCAUCUUUGCACAAAAGGACUAAGCGUGGAUUCUCCGAGGAAAGUGAAGGUAUCGCUGGGAGGCACGAACACAAGCGUAUAAAGUCGUCAUUGCUUUUGGAAGCCAAAGACCGUGGAGUACAGCAAGAUGGUGAGGGAUGUGGACAAAAAGCCGGACCGGCUACCAAAUCCGCGGCUUGCUAUCCAACCGGUGGCACAGGUGAGACACGAAUUGCCUGCCGUGUGGACUGCUCAUCGGACAGGUCGGAUGCUACUGAUGAUGUCGGAAAAAGGGGAAAUGCGCAAGACAAAGUGAGCACCUGUACACUCAAGCUACUCCAGCAUCUACGGAGAUCCGGGUACUACGUGGAUACGCUCAUUGCUGAAGAGGAGAGUACGCGAAGCGAAGAGGCAAGUUUAAGGACCAAUAUCGCAGCACUUGGUGGUGUUCUUGCAAAUUACCACGAAGCCCAUGAUUUGGUGUCUCGACUCGCAUCACGACUUCGCACAGCUGCUGAAACUAGCUCCAAGCGAUGCCGUAAACUGUUGGAUAAGUGCGGCUCGACGUGA